UAGUAUAUUUCGUUUAUUUUUAAAUUCAAAUUUGAAUCAAGCGCUUUUAGCGCGCGCAUUUGCUGGCGCAAUCGAUAAGUUUUAUUCGUUCAAUUCGUUCCACUCAAUGAGCUAGUUCCAGUUCCGCGGCUCGAUAAACGCGAAGCGUACGACUGGCCGGGCCGGGCCGGGCCGGCACAGCUGUCAGCUGUUUAUGUUGUGUUGCGUUUUGAUGAAAUAUGACUUUGAAGAUAAUUCAACUAAAUGAUGUGCAAUUAAUUAGUUGCCUUAGUGGCGACGUAGACAAUGAUGACGUGCUGCAAUUUUAUUGCCAUGAUAAAAUAAACGAACUGAGCUACAAUGAAAAUUUGCCUGUGACACAAUUUCAGCAGCGUAUUCGGGAAUUGAACAAACGCGUGCACUUUCCCAUUAAAGCGGUGCGCACGGCCUUAAGUAGCGCUCAUCCGGCAGAGGCUACAUUGCGAUGUGUCCAGCACAACGGCGCGGCUGAGGCGGAACCUGAUGUGAAUAUGCAUGGCAGCAUCGAGCAGCAGCCGGAGCAGCAGGAGCAGGAGCAGCACUCUGUGCUCAGCUUGAAAUAUCGCAUCGAGGGUGCACCGGCGCCGCUUAAGUGGGAAUGGCGUUUGACCGGCGUGGACAGUGCAAUGUUUUAUCGUUGCCUAUUGAAGGAUGCUCUUCAUACCGCCACCAAUCUAAACGAAAAUCUGCAGUCCUUGCUGGAUGUCGUUAAGAAAAAGGACAUAGAACUCAAACAGUAUCGCAUAGAAGGCGCUCAGCUGCGCAGAACCACUGUGGCCACUGAGCCCUACGAUGUGGACGCUUUUCAUGUGCAACACAAACAGCUGCUGGCGGCUGUCGCCGCCUACGUAAAAGUGGGCCAAGCGUUGGAUGGAGUGCCCGCCACAGCGCCCAUUAUUAAAAACGAAACGGCAGUGGGCGUGCCGCCCAUGUCCGCUGAUGUGGCUACCACAAUACCAUGCAGCACAGCAGCCACAAGCUCAGCCAAAUCAAUAAGUCCACGCAACAGAAAACGCAAGGCAAUGGAAACGGGCAUACAACAUGUGGAACGCAAGGUGCUGCAGCGUCGCCGUGUGCCACAGCUGCAAUAUAAGAAUACUGAAAGUCAGGAAUCGGAUCUAGAUGCUAGCUUUGCGCAAACCAUGUCCAAUGUCAAGGCUGAAGCUGAGAUUAAGCAGGAGUCAGGCAUUGAAAUACCAACUGCAAUAGAUCCCGAAACAAAACCAAUCGUAGAAUCGACUAAAAAUGAACUGGACGAAAUUAUGCAGUUGAUCAAUCGCACAGCGGAGCAAACCAACAAAAUGCUAGAGGAGCAUAAUGUCACUUAAAAAUGAUAAAGAUAGCAAUAGCUCUCAUUGCUGCGCGCUUUCCCUCUCUUUCUAUACCAUA